CCGUUUCCAUGGACGCCUUUGUCAAAGAUGUGUGUAAUCCAGUUGAGUGUAUUGUAAGCCUAAGGGCCAGGACCAGUAAAGUAAAAGCGUCACAUGUUCAAGAUGUAGAUCGAAGAUUUUAAUGGAAAAGACGUUUUGCUGCUUUCGGUUAAUUAAUAUACAGAUUUUAGGCCAGACCGCGGUCACCGCUGAAGUGCCCUCAUUGGCCGCAUCGAAUUUAUUAAUAUUUUAGUUCAAAUCAAUGUGUACUGAUUAGUACGGUUCACUGAGCUUGAAGACGAGAGCCCGGGGCUUGAAAAGAAAAUAACUUAUUUACAAACCAGACUGGCAAGUGAACAUUUCAAAUAUACUUUUUUAAAUGAAGAGACAGCCUUAGUACUAGUCAAAAGAAGUAUCAGAAUAUAAUUUUAAUUCCAAACAAACAAUUUUAAAGACAGUCUUCAAAAUGGAUGAUACUGACUGCCCAUCCCAGCCUGAAUCUCUAAUGAUGGAUAGAUCAGAAACCGGACCUAAAGAGCCUCCUCCAAUGGAAAGUUUGCGCAGAAAGUUGCUAGCACAUUACCAGAAAGGUGUUAAGCGACCAAAACUACAAGCCUUGAGUUCUCCACUGACCCCAGAAGCAGUGAACAGAAUAGCAGUUCCAUUAUAUCUAUUUACUGUUUUCUCUACUUUGAAAAUUGGCCUGUUCCAUGUGAUGCCCCAGAUGUACGAGGGCAAUGACACGGUCAUUUUUGUACAGCAGGCAGUGGUCAUUGUGUUGGCCACUCAGCUCAUGAUCAACUGGAUUGGUAUUCGAUAUGUUGAUUCAUCCUAUUCAUGGUAUAUUUGCAAAAAUGGUGAUCCAUUAGUGAAAAGAGCUUUAGCAGGGAAUACACUUAACCAAAAGAUCAACCAACGAGAUUCAUCAUCAGCUAUGCUCAUGUCAUUAAUUACUGAAGAUUCAUCCAUUCACUCCACGAAUGGGCAUGCAGGGUUGGAGCAACGAGACUUGGGACAAGAGGCAGCUCAAGCCAAUGCUGAGAUGAACAAGGUUAACCAACAGAUCAGUAGCCGAUCUAUAGCUGAUCUCAUCAGUGUCACCACAGAUUCAAACUCAAACCAGCAGCAACACUCCAUCACUACUGAGGAUAUUAUCUCGCCCAAGCCAGUGAUUACAACUAAUGGGAAGGUUGUUACUAAAACCUACCCAUACUGGUCCUGGGUGCCUUGUUAUGAUUGUAAUCGGACUCGCCCCCCACGCUGCCACCACUGUCCAGUGUGUCGGACCUGUGUCCUAAAACGAGACCACCAUUGUUUUUUUGCUGGUGCUUGCGUCGGGUACCGCAACCAUAGAUUCUUUUAUGUAUUUUUAAUCUGGGCCUGGCUUAGCUGCAUCUACGCAACCCUCCAUGGAUUUCCCUAUAUUGCAUGGUACCUCUGGCAAGAUAUGUCUUACUUCGAUGUAUUUUUUCCGAUCACCAUAAUGAGAUUUAUUCUAGGAUACCAGUCGUUUCUUCCAGCCUUAACUGUGACAACUUUAACACUUCUGCUGUACUUUGAUGCCAUCACCAUGACAUUCAUCUAUGCACACACCUGUCUUAUAGCAUGGGGGUUAACGUCCUUUGAGAAAGCUUAUUUAAAAAGUUCUUUGGAAAUUAAAGACACACGUAGCCUGCGGCAAAAGAUAAGAGCCGUAUUUGGCUCAUACUGGGCCUUAAGUAUAAUUAUUCCUACCCAUUUUUUCUUUGAACCUGAAGAAAAUCCCAUAGAUUGGCCAUAUGUUCAGGUUAACAAGCACUAAACACAGAUACUUAAAAUCUUUAUAUAUUCUACAAAAUGUUUUUUUAAACCGAAACAAAAUGUUUUUUUAAACCGAUACAUUAAUUUUAGUUUUUAAAAUUCAAUUUGAGAUUUUUAAAUAUAGUGACAUUAAUAUUAUGGUUAGUUUUGAAUUACCUUAAAUGUCUAGUUCUGUUAAAAACAAGGAUUUUGAAGAUAUUUUUCUAAAAAAAAAUCAUUAGGGCCUAAAUUCUUACUUUUAUACUCAAUAGUCUAUACCAGUUUUGUUUGUUAUAUUUUUAUUAAAGAAUGCCUUAAUGAACUUUGAGCCCAGAUGUGAACCAAGUGACACCAUUACCACCACCAUCAGCAUCACCUCCAUCACCACUACCAACACCACCCCUGUUUGACAUUCAGUGAAUAAAAUGACACAAAAACUGAGCACUCUAAAUUCAAAGAGCUGACCUUUGGUGUCAUAGUUCAUAGGUCACUGUGAGAUAGUGAAUCUGAGAUGCCAGAUAAAUUAAAUAAACAAAUGAUCAAAUUUUAA